AGCUCCUUAUCCAUUCUUCAGGAAACAAACUUCCCUAACACGCUUUUUAUUCACGUGGUCAUUGAGAAGCGGGAAAACCCGUGAAAAUUCAAAUUUCAAAUCCCUAUUAUCCUCAGUUAAAUUCAAACAGUACCCCAAAAUUCAAUUUUUUUUUUUUAAGAACGAAAACCAAACACCCAAUGUUUAGUUACUCACAAUUUCUCAAUCUCAGAGAUGGAUUUUGAAAACAUGAAAAGGAAAGAACUACAAGCACUAUGCAAGGAACAUGGAAUUCCUGCAAAUUUAACCAACUUAGAAAUGGUUAACAAGCUUUCUUCACUUCUUAAGGUAAAUGAUGAAAAGCCCUUAACUCGAGGGCGAUCAUGUUUAAAGGUUUUAGAUGAUGAUAGAGAGUCUGAUGUUGUAAAUAGGAUGGUAAAGAAAGUGAAAUUUAGUCCUGAUAAUGAAGUUAUUGAGUUUACGCGAUCCGCUCAAGUGAAAAGGAGAGGGAGAAGGAAGUCAAUGUUGUAUAAGAAUGACUUGAAUGUUGGUAGUGAUGGGUUAAAUAAUGUAGGCAUUUUGGAUAGUCCAGUUGGUGUUACUAUUGAGAAAAAGGGAGCGAAAAGGCAUGUGAAAGAUAGCGUAAGUUCAACGAAUGAGGGUAAGGGUGAAGUUGGAGUUACUACAAGAAGAUCUUUGAGGACCAAAGAAGUAGUUAUACAAGAAAACGAGGGCGUAAAUGAUGGUUUACGGACGAGUAGGAGAGUAAGAAGUCGAAAAAAUGGUAAAGAGAGUGCAGAAGAUAUGGAAGAAUUGGAUAAAAGUACAGGUGAAAAGGGAAUUGAUGGGGCAGAGAAGAGGGACAAGAAAGUGACAUUUGUUAGUGAGUGCACAAAGUCUGAAACAAAAGCCAAGGAGACGAAAAGAGAAACGAGAAGGAAAUCGAUGGCUCAUAAUCAGACCUUGCAUGUUCAAAAUGAGGAGGAGGUUGUGGAGAAGCCAGCUCUGGUAACAAGGUCUCGGAACUUGAAACCAGUUGAGGAUAAUGUUGGUAACAAAAGGAACCGGACAAGGGGUAAGGAAGUUAUUGAGAUAAGUGAGGAACUUGUUUGUACUGAAUUUGUUGAAUCUUCAGUUGAAGUUGUCAAAGAUGAAGUCAGAGUAAACACAAGAAGGUCUCAGCAGAAUAGUGUGGUGGAGCCAUCCAAAAAGGCUAUGAAGAGGUCUGGACGGGUAGCUAAUAAGGAAAAGGGUGCAAAAUUGACUGAUGAUAUUUCAAAAGAUAAGAUGGUUACUAGGGGAAGGACUAGAAAUCAGUCUAAAGUGACUGUAGAAGCUUCGACAUCAGAAAGUGGAACUAAAAUUGUUGAACCUAAGGAGAAACUUGAAGUGGUUCUUCAACUUGAAGAACCAGCAGAAGUUCCUGUUAGAAGAAGUGAUAGGCGCAAAUCUGUUUUUCCUUUGGAGAAAUUGAGGGGUGAUGAAGUUGCAGCCAAGGAGAAAAGAAUUUUCUUAAAUGCUAAUGAUGAUGAGCCAAGGAAUAAAGGUACAAAAGAAGAAACCCAGAAGGUAUUGAAGCGAUCAAAGAGGCUUGCUACACAAGAUGAAGAUUCAAUAUUGGUGAAAGAUGAUAUUGCUGAAAAUAUAGGGCUUGAUAGAGGCAGAGGAAAUAGGGGCAAAUCUGUUGGUCCUUCUUUGGAGAAAGUAAGAAGUGAUGAGGUUGCUGUUGUAAAGGAGAAAAGAAACUUGAAUGCUAAUGAUGACGAAACAAGGAGUAAAGGUACAAAAGAAGAAACCCAGAAGGCAUUGAAGCGGUCAAAAAGGCUUGCUACACAGGUGGAAGAUUCAGUACUGGCGAAAGAUGAUACCACUGAAAAUGAAGUGCUUGAUAGAGGCCGAAGUAAUAGGCGCAAAUCUGUUGUUCCUUCUUUGGAGAAAGAAAGAAGUGAUGAAGUUGUGGUUGUAAAGGAAAAAAGAAACUUAAGUGCUAAUGAUGCUGAGAUAAGGAGUAAAGAUACAAAAGAAGAACCCCAGAAGGCAUUGAAGCGGUCAAAAAGGCUUGCUACACAAGUGGAAGAUUCAGUAUUGGUGAGAGAUGAUAUCGCUGAAAAUAAAGUGCUUGAUAGAGGCAGAAGUAGUAGGCGCAAAUCUGUUGUUCCUUCUUUGGAGAAAGAAAGAAGUGAUGAAGUUGUGGUUGUAAAGGAAAAAAGAAACUUAAGUGCUAAUGAUGCUGAGAUAAGGAGUAAAGAUACAAAAGAAGAACCCCAGACGGUAGCCAAGCGGUCAAAAAGGCUUGCUAAACAAGUGGAAGAUCCUGUACUUGCAAGAGAUGAUAUUUCUGAAACUAAAUUAGAAGAGAGGAGACACUCUAGAAGGAAUGCUGCUAAAGCAAAUGUAGACACCAAGACGUUGGACAAAUCAGUGCAAGAAGAAACUUCCGUGGUAAGAGAAGAGAGGAGACGUUCUGGAAGGAGUGCUGCUAGGCACACUCUUGCAGCAGUUUCAGAUGAAAAGAAGGAAAAUGGUGAUAAUAAGCUGACCAUGAGAAACCGCACUGUUAUUCAAGAAACAGAUUCUUUGAAACAGUCCACGAGUAGCUCAAAAGCAAGUGUGGAGGCAGCAGUUGUUGAAAAGACUAGUACUGCCAGAAAGAAGCAGCAGGGUCGACUGAAGAGAUCAAAUGUGGAAGUAGAAGUUCCCAUGCCUGAGGGCAUGGAAAUAGUCAAAGAACCAGACAAUAGACAUUGUAUUGUCUCAGGUUCAGAAGGUACAAUGAGCUUCUCAAGAUCAUCUCUAAAUGAGCUUAAAGCUGUCACAGAUGAUGUCAAUAUAGUUCUCGCUGGAACCAAGGAUGAAGCACCUGCUGAGUUGAGAACCCUAGCUGACAAAUUGAAUGAGGAAGGACCAAUUGUAGAUGCAAAUGCUUCUCAAUCUGAAAAUAACUCCACAUCGGAAUGUCUUCCAUUCAGUGAAGCAUUCAACUCCAACGCUAGACCCGAGGAGAACCUAGUUGAGGAGCUUUUGCAGUCUGACCACAAGGAGCCUACAAGCAAAGAUCUAUGUCCUAGUUCAGUUUUGGCUGAUGAUGCUGUUCCAAAUGAUAUAACUUCUGACAAACAGGAGCAUGGGGCAAUUACAGCAGACAAUGCUGAAGAAUUCGACACAGGGUUAUCUAAUGAAGUUCUUGAUAAUUGUUCACUAAGCCAGAGUGAUAAUAUGGAAGAGAACAUUGCUUCUGGAACCAAGGAUGAAACAGCUGCUGAGUUGAGCACCCUAGAUGACAAAUUGAAUGAGGAAGGACCACCUAUAGAUACAAAUGCUUCUCCAUCUGAAAAUAACUCCACAUCAAAAUGUCUUCCAUUUAGUGAUCCAUUCAACUCUAACGCUAAACCCGAGGAGAACCUAGUUGAGGAACUUUUGCUGUCUGAACAUGAGGCGCCUGCAAGCAAAGAUCUAUGUCCUAUUUCAGUUUUGGCUGAUGAUGCUGUUCCAAAUGACAGAACUUCUGAUAAACAGGAACAUGGUGCAAUGGCAGCAGAUAGUGCAGAAGAAUUUCCCACAGGAUUAUCUAAUGAAGUUCUUGAUAAUUGUUCACUAAGCCAAAGUGAUAAUAUGGAGGAGAUUCUUGAUUCUGGAACCAAGGAUAAAGCAGCUGCUGAGUCAAGCACCCCAGCUGACAAAUUAAUUGAGGAAGGACCACUUGAAGAUGCAAAUGCUUCUCCAUCUGAAAAUAAUUCCGCAUCCAAAUACUUCCCAUUCGGUGAUCCAUUCAACUCCAGCGCUAGACCCGAGGAGAACCAAGUUGAGAGACUUUUGCAUUCUGAUCCUGAGGCACCUGCAAGCAGAGAUCUAUGUUCAGAUGAUGUAACUUCUGACAAACAGGAGCAAGGUGAAAUAGCAGCAGAUGAUGCAGAAGAAUUUGUCGCAGCAUUAUCUGAUGAAGUUCUUGAUAAUAGUUUACUAAGGCAGAGUGAUAAUAUGGAAGAGAACCUUGAUUCUGGCUUUAAAGAACAACCAGAGACUAUAGGUGCUGUUAUUGAAGGAGUAACUUAUGGUGAACAGGAGUCCGAAAUAUGUCCUGGUUCUACUUUGCCUGAUGAUGCAGUUCCAGAUGACAUAACUUCUGACCAACUGGAGCAUGACGCAAUUGCGGCAGACAAUACAGAAGAAUUUGACAUAGGAUUGUCUAGUGAGGUUCUUGCUAAUUGUUCAGUAAAGCAGAGUGAUAAUAUGGAAGAGAACCUUGAUGCUGGCUUAAAAGAAAAAUCAGAGACUGGAUGCAUUGUUACUGAAGGAGUAACUUAUGGUGAACAGGAGUCCGAAAGCAAAGGCUUAUGUCCUGGUUCUGUUUUUGCUGACGAUGCAGUUCCAAAUGACAUAACUUUGGACAAACUGGGGCACGGUGCAAUUGCAGCAGAUAAUGCAGAAUUUGGCACAGGAUCAUCUAAUGAAGUUCUUGAUAACUGUUCCGUAAACCAGAGUGAUAAUAUGGAAGAGAAGCUUGAUUCUGAUUUUAAAGAACAAUCAGAGACUCGAUGUACUGUUAAGGUUGGAGUAAGUUAUGGUGAACAAGCGCUAACUGUAACGGACUAUGCAAAAGAGUUUGAUGCGGGGUUGUCCAGUAAUGUCCCCAUGGAACACGUGGAAGCUGAAUCUGGUCCUAUGGAAGCUGUAUAUGAUCGAGAUGCACCUACCUUCACAAAUCACGGUGAAAUACAUGCAGAAGAAUAUGAAAACCUGGAGGAAGCAGCUUCUGAGAAAACUGUUUCAAGUCCCAUAAAAGCAGUUCCAGAUCUUCAAGUUGCAGAACCUGGUAGUUUUGGUGAUGGCAUCGUAUCAGAUGUAACUACUUCAAAGGACGGUGAUGAAGAGAAGCAAGGUGAAGAACUUAAAAUAUUGUUUGCCACUCCUUGUCAUAUUUCACAUUCUAAAGAAGAUAAGAAAGCUUCUUUGGAUGGUGAUUCAAGGGAAAAGGGUCUCAACAGAGAGUGGCAAGUUUCUCCCAUUAGUGGUAAUGAUACAUCAAGUCUCCAAAGUUCUGUCCGUGAUUGUGGUGAACAUGGCCAAAGAGAGUAUUUGAAAAGUUUGUUUGCCACCCCAUUUGGUAGUAGAAGCAGCAAGGCAGAAAUAGCAACUUGUAUCGAGAUUAAUGAGACAAGCAGUCAAUACAAGCAAAGUUGCCCUGAAACUGAGAACGCUGCAUCUUCUGCUGGCAAUGGUUUGACACCAUCUGUAACUCCUUUAAAGGACACAUCUAAAGAUGAAGCCGGGGAAGAUCUAAAAGGUUUGUUUGCUACGCCCUCUGUUGUUUCACAAUCUGUUAGAGGCCAGCAUUUCCUUUUUCAAAGUCAAUUGAGUGGAGAAGCAAUGGCCGCGGGAGAAGGACUUGGCCGUGGUUUGGUUGAGGACAAGCAAGGGAUGUCUAUUAUAACAGGGGAACCUGGAAGGACUUUAUUUGCCUCACCCGUCUCUGUAAAAUGCACUAACCAAGAGACUACUUCUACCAAAGAUAAGUAUAGCCAGAGUCAUGAUAUGGAAACUUCUAUUUGCAGUGGAGUAGAAAGAAACCUCGAUGAAUCUGAAGCUCUGUCUGUUGGAGUCGACCAAGCUCCUGAGACCUCACAUGUCACUGCUUUCAACUAUGGUGAUGAAUAUAAGCAAGAAGAUCAACUGAAGUUGCUGUUUGCUUCACCCAUCAUUACCGAGACUCUGAACCAAAUGGAUGGAACAAAAAGAAAGACAGAAGACGAGAAAAAUCUUUUGUCUAGGAAUGUUCAGGGGCUCUCUCAUAACAAAGGUUUUUCAGUUGAGAAGCUCAAAAAAACUGCUGAGUGCACAGAUUCUAAACAUUCUGCAGAACAGAUUAAAGUUGAAAAGAUCAUAGAAUUUGCUGAAUGCUUGAAAGAAUGCAGUACUCUGGAAGAAGAGAACAAUGAAAGUCAUGGUAAUCUGCUGUCUGCAACAUCAACUACAAACUCGACUCCGUUGCGGAAUGAUGAGUUUUCUUCUCAAGAAAUUAUGAUCGAAGAAACUGCUGAGUGCAUGAAAGAUUCCAGUGCUCUUGAAGCACAGAACAAUGAAGGCCAGGGUAAUAUUCUGUCUGCAACAUCAGCAAAAAACAUGACUCCAUUGCAUAAUGAUGAGUUAUCUUCUCAACAACCUAAGAUCAAAGAAACUGCUGAGUGCAUGAAAGAUUCCAGUGCUCUUGAAGAAGAGAACAAUGAAGGUCAGGGUACUAUGCUUUUUGCAUCGUCAACUGAAAACAUGACUCCAUUGCGGGAUGGCGAGUUUUCUUCUCAAGAACCUAAGACAGCAGAUGUUGCAAUGUCUGGAGAAAUAGUUAGAGGUACGGAGAUGAAUACGAGACAUGAAAGCUGGGUUCAGGAAAUUGUUGACAUACAGGAACACAAAAUUGAGGAAACAGUGGUUGACAGGGAUUUGUUGCUAAGAAAUGCCUCUAGAAUUCUGGAAGAAGGCAUUUAUGUUGAAAUUGUAGAAGAAAGUACUUCUCCUGUUAUUUCAAAGCCUACAUGUGAUAUUGAAUUUCCUGAACAUCAGAUGGUGCCGGAGAUCAAUCAGAGCAGUCCCAAGAACGUCAAAACAUCUGAUGCUUUCAGUGAAGGUACUGAAGAUCACUUGAAACUGCUGUUUGCUGCCCCAAUCAAAGAAACAAGUCCCUCAUGUUCUGAGUCCCUUAAACCAUUGGAUGCCUGUAAUGAAGAGAACACUGAAGAUCACCUGAAACUGCAGUUUGCUACCCCAAUCAAAGGAACAAGUCCUUCCAGAUUGGAUGAAGCUUCUAGUUGUCAAUUGAAGACAGCCAUGGUUAUCAAUGAAGCUUCUGUAAUGGUUGGUAAGGAGCCUAAGCUCAAAGGGUUUGAAUUUUCUGGAGAACCACUAGCUGUCGAGAUUAUUAGCGGAGGUUUUGAUAGCACAAAAAGAUCUUGCUUCUCCAAAGAGAUUAAAGACCAAUCUGAAAGAGGGCCUCUGUUUCCUACAUCAUCAAAAGGUACAAGUCCACUGCAGUUGGAGGGAAGUCCUGGUUGUGAGGAAGAUAUCUUUAAGGAUCUUGAUGGUGGUAAGUUCCUUGGCUCUCAGGAACAAAUUUUUGCACAGCACGAAGAUCAUCAACUUCUAAAUGAAAUGACAGAUAAUACUGGUGACGCUACACUCGAUUGGUUUCAUAUAGACGAUGGCAGUGUUCCCAUCCAGGCAGAACUGGAGACGCAGAAAAAAAAUGAUUCUGCCCAUCAGUUCGAGCCCUUGCGUGAAGUCACCGAAGAUGAUGCUGUGGCUGAGGGGAAGAAAGAUGAUCAUCUAAUGGCGUCUCAAGAAUCUCUAGAAGACAGGUUAAUUAAUACCAGGGAAGCAACAAAAAGUGUUGUUGUUAGUGAUGCAGUUUGCCAACAACGGAACAUUCUAACUGACAUUGAAACUGAGACCAUAACUCAGGAGAGCGUAAGGAAGACCGAUGAUAUUUCUGUUAGUGCUGAAAAUGGAAUUCUUGAAUUUGAUGCUGAAUCCACUGCAUUAAGAAGUCAGGAAAAGAUCAUCAUCACAGUAGAAGAGACUAAGGGAGAUGAAGUACAAAAACUAGAAGUGAGAAAUAUCAGUAACGCUUUCCUACACAACAACAUUCCCGAUAAUGAUGAAUAUGCAAAAGAAAGUUCAACCGUAUUGCCUGCUGAUAAGCAGUUCCACUUUCCAGAACAUUAUGUGAUAGAAAAUGUUUCGAGCAUCAAGGAGUUUACUUCUUCCGCAAAUGAAUGCCAAGAUGUUUUUAAGGAAGGUGAUUUUGCUGAUCAAGGGGAUGGACUUACCAUUUUUGAAUCAACUGAGAGAACGUCUACGAUUGUUAACUAUUCAGAUCUCACCACCCAAAUCGACCUGCCUGGAUUAUUUGCAGGAGAGAGUGGAAAUAUAACCCAUUCAGCAUUUUCGGAAGAGCUUCAGAAUGAAAGUAAUCAGGGGAAGUUCAGUGCAGCUCAGCAACAGGAUGAGGAUUCUUUUGAUAAAAAGGAGCAUGAAUCAACACAAGCAGUGUUAUCACCCUCUUUUAAGUGUCAUGAAAACAUCAGCUUUAUCGAGGAAGGCUUAGCUGAUGAAGAUACAUUGAUCUCUAAGCAAAAUAAUGACUUGGCUGAAAAGAAAGUACCAUUAACCCCAGCAGGAGUAGCUAAAACUUCUUUUGCCAAGCACUUGAAUUCUACUGUGAAGAAGAAGAAUGCCAGAAGCGUUCUUAUCCAUGGAACCCCCAACAAACUAUCCCAGAUAGCUGACAUGAAAGAAAAUGCUCCAAGUGUUAAGGGAGAUGUUGGCACUUUAACAGCAUUAAGACCAGAAAAGAGGCGUGCUUUGGAUAUCCUCCCAAGGAAAUAGAAGAAAAAUUUCUGUAAUUCUUUUCAAUUUUUCUUUGUUCGGUUGUCCUGGUUUGAUUGCUGCAGCCAUAUCUCAUGGCCUAUAUUUCUGUUACAUGAGAUAAGACCUGCAACGUUUUUUUCUUUUGGUGCUUGAAAGUGGUGAGAACAAACAGAUUAUGUAAUUAUUUCAUGUUUAUGUUACCAUAUGGGUUUGACUUA